AUGAUCGAUAUUGCAUUGGCCAUCAUGUCCCGACUCAACAACAGUAUUGACUAUCGUUCACUCAUCGAUGAGAUGUUUGAUCAAUAUCCAUCAGAGAUCAAUCGGUACAUUAGACAUAGUGGGCGAGGCACUCCGACUGUUCAUGGCCCUUCCAGGUAUUACAUCCCUUCCAACAAGUACUUCAUGAUCAAGUGCAACAGACUAGGAUACCUGGAUGACGAUCAUGUGGUCGACUACAUCAAUCGUUAUGAGGGAGGAGACAGCCAUCAAGAUAUAUACGAAUUGAUCAACACAAGCAUCAAUCCAGUUGAUCAAUGGAUCUCUUUCAUUGACAUUAAUAAUGCACUUCCAGAUCCAGAAGGACAUUAUCAAUACUCAUAUAUCUUGGAGACAAUCAUCAUGGACGAUCGAAUGCCCAAACUGCAUCCUGCAGUAGCAUUCCAGCUUCUCAAACAUCAAUACCUCUACACAUACAUCACCAGAGAUAGCUACAUGGCAAGAAGAUUCAAAGACAUCAAGACACGAGUGAUGGACAGGGUGGACAAUGAGCAUCCAGAUUACAAUCAUUACAGUGAGCAGUUCGAUCAAUUCAAACAACAAUCAUUUAAAAGAGAGAACAAGUCACGUCCAGUCAUGAGAUAUACAUACAACCAAGUAAGUGGCAUCUCAUAUCCAACUUCAACUUCAACACCAAAACCAACACUCCCACCUCUGAUCAUCAAACUGAUUGUCGAGAUGGUUGUUCUGGCCGAUCACCUCAACAUGGAAUGGGUGUUGAUGCUCUCGACCAUUUCCAAACAGUUCCACAAUGCAGUCAGCAUGACAUUGUCCAACAAUGUGAUCACAACAUUGAACAUUCACUCAAUGAUCAAUCAUAUUGGAUCACAAUAUUGUCUAUUCAAGACACCACCACUUCACAUUGCGAUUGAACACUUGGUUCACAUUACAGAUGAAUAUGUCUCAGCCUGUUUAGAAAAUCUCCAGUCAUUAAUCGUGCCAUUCGCCAUUUCUGAACCCUGGGAUGGCACUGGAAAUGUCAUGUUUUACCUGGUGGAUGCUCCUCGGCUCUGUCAGAUCAAAUUCACCAGAUAUUGA